AUGAGUUCAAAGAAAGUACCUAUAUAUACGAUUGAGGAGAUCGUUCCAGCUCAGCAGAUGGGCGCUGAGAAGUUGGAGAAGUACUUGUCGGGCAUAUGGGCAAAGGUGCAGGAGAAUGGAAAGUUGGUGAUGCUGACGAGGUCGUCGGUGCAGAAGCUCAUGGCGCAGCAGUUGGUCUCGCUGAAUGGUCGUGUGAUCAAAGAAAAGACGGCCAAGGUGCAGGCCAAGGACGUGAUCCAACUCAAGCUGUUCUCGAUCGACAACUUCAAAGUGCAAGAGAGCGAGGAGCAACGCGUGUCCAAACAACAGAUGAAACAACAACCGCGCCAAGCCCAAGCCAUGACCCAGGCGCAGAGGCAGCAACAGAGUCAGAAUAGUCAACAACAGAGUCAACUACAAAAUAGCCAACAUCAACAUCUGGGCGAUGAGCUUGUGGCCACAGAGAUGAAGUUGGACGUGCUGUUUGAGGAUGAGUGGCUGGCCGUGAUCAACAAGCCCGCCGGACUGAUUGUUCAUCCUACCCCCGCAGGUCUAAACUCAAUCAAUGACGAUAAUCAAACGAAUACGCUGGUCAAUGGUUUGCUGCACCGUUACGGCAGGGAUGGCUUGUCGUGGGUCGGAGGUGCCGACCGCCCAGGCAUCGUGCACCGUCUCGACAAGGACACUGCCGGCAUCUUGAUCAUUGCUAAGGACGACAAGACGCACAACCUGCUCAAGGAGAUGCUGCAGGAGCACACUGAGGACUCGAUUACCGGCGGCGAUGACAAGGGCAUGGGCAAACUCUCGGCCACUCCAUCAAGGAUACAGAAGAGGUACUGCUGUGUCGUGGCGGGUCGCCCCAAGAAGGCACGCGGACUCAUCGCCUGGAAAAUCGCCAGACAUCCACAGGACAAGAACAAGAUGGUGAUCGAUCAGGAGAAGGGCAAGGCGUCGCUCACCGAGUACAAGGUGAUCAAGGAGUGGAAGAACAUCGAGCUCGAGGUUGGCACGAAGAAGGUCAGUGCGAGUGGCAGCAACAAAGUGGACGAGUACGACAGCAUUAUCAGCAACAUGUCAUCAUCAUCAAAGAACAAGAGCAAGGCAUCAAAGAAUGCGCCAAAGAGUCGGUUCAACGCUCUAUCCAUUGAUAGCGAUGAAGAGGACUCGGAGGAGGACAAAGAGGACAGUGAAGGCGAGGACUCGGACGAGCAUGAGGACUCUGACGCAGACUCGGAGGAUGAAGUAGUUCAAGAACAAGCAAAGGCAGAGGAAGAGGAGGAGGAACAUGUUACAUACAAGAAGAAGAAGAUUGGAAGUGGAGUGUAUUCAUUGUUAGACAUUACUUUGCACACGGGCAGGACACAUCAGAUUCGUAUACAUACGAUGGCUGAGAUGGUGCCAAUUGUUGGAGACCCAAUCUACUCUGGCAAGUCCAAGCAGUACAACCUACCAUACCUCUUGUUGGCCUCUGUCUACCUCACCUUUGAGCAUCCCAUCAGCAAGAAGAAGAUGGAGUUCACCAUCCCCUAUCCUCAGCAUAUCCAACAAUUUAUCGAUCAACUGGACCUUGAGGCCCAGCGCAUGAACAAUGAUGUCUCGUCCACAUCAUCGUCAACAUCCGAGUCAACAACAACAUCGACAACAACAUCAACAACAUCAUCGACAACAUCAUCAAUGAAGAAGAAGAAGAAUUCACAAUUAGACGAUGAGAUGUUGAUGGACUCGAUGCUCAUGAGAGAUAAUAACACAAAGUCAACUUCUCGUAAUAAAAGGAAGUAG